ACAUAAUUUUGUGAGAUGUACAUAUGUAUGUAUGUACGUUCAUACUCUAUUCGUACAUAAUUAAAGUUAAAGUGAGGAAAAAAUGUGGCAAAAGUUUAUAAAAAUGCUUGCAACAUGCGCGCCGCCGCACAGUUGUAAGUGAGACGCGCAAGUGUAAGAGUCCAUGGUGGCCCAACACCAGAAGCAGCAGCAACCAACAAAAUCAGCGACAGCGACAACGUUAGAGUUAGCAACGACAACCACAAUAACGGAAAAGUGAUGCAAGGAAAGUGAAGAAAUUACGCGCGCGCGCCUAAGUGUCCAGUUUAAUGACGAACGGGUCGAACGUUGUUUGCCUAUAACGGCUUUUCAAAAAUUACAACAAACGAAGAAAGAAAACGAAGUAAAACGCGAAACGGGGAAACAAAAGUGACCAAGUGAGCGCCUUGUCUGUCGUCCGCUAAUUAAAAAAGGAAGGAGUGCGCGCGCGUUCCUAUUGUAACCAAAUUAAGUUUAAUUCAAAAUUAAAUGCCUGAUCCAACAACAGCAACAAUAAAUCAACCCAAAUGUUUAUACAAUCGACUGCAAGUGCUUCAUUUAUUGCCACAUUGACAAGGCCGCGUCUCCCGCUGCCGGUGAGCACUGCUCUGCUGUUGCUGCUGCUGCUGCAUGGCUUCGCAGCUGCCAUAAACUGGCAAGGGGUGAAGCCCAUGUAUUUGGUGUCCAUGUAUCCGGCACCAUUUAACAUGCAGACACACUCUCCGCACUCCUCGCUCUCCUCAUCUACGGAGCACGAUACGGAAAUGAGUGCCAGCACUACGAAUGGACGCAGACAGAAGGCCAUUGAUGCUCAUGCUCAUGUCCAUGAUGAUGAUGAUGAUGAUCGCGCCGAACCGGAACCCUUGGUCUUGAAUCUGGAGACAACACCGCUACUGGAUAGCAUGCUCCCUGAGGGUGCCAUGGCCAUGGAUCGCAUAUUUGGCGGCAAUGUGGGUAAUCCCCAUUGCUUUCCCUAUCAAGUGGGCAUGUUGCUGCAAAGACCCAAGGGCUUAUACUGGUGCGGCGGCUCAUUGAUAUCGGACCAGUAUGUGCUGACGGCGGCGCAUUGUGUGGAUAUGGCGAAACGUGCCCUCGUCUUCCUGGGCGCCAACGAAAUCAAGAAUGCCAAGGAAAAGGGUCAAGUGCGCAUGAUGGUCCCCAGCACCAAUUUUCAAAUCUACCCCACAUGGAAUCCCAAACGACUGAAAGAUGACAUUGCCUUGGUACGUCUGCCACAUGCGGUCAGUUUUAAUGAGCGCAUACAUCCCAUACAGCUGCCCAAAAGGCAUUACGAGUAUCGAAAUUUCAAGAACAAAUUGGCCAUUGCCUCGGGUUGGGGCCGUUAUUCGACGGGUGUGCAUGCCAUUAGCAAUGUACUGCGUUAUGUUCAGCUACAGAUAAUCGAUGGCCGCACCUGUAAGCGCAAUUUUCCGCUCUCUUACCGGGGCACCAAUAUUUGCACCAGCGGUCGCAAUGCGAGAUCAACAUGCAAUGGGGACUCGGGUGGACCUCUGGUGCUCCAGCGACGGCAUUCGAAGAAACGCGUGCUCGUCGGGGUCACCUCGUUUGGCAGCAUCUAUGGCUGCGAUCGCGGCUAUCCGGCUGCUUUCACGAAGGUGGCUUCGUAUCUGGAUUGGAUUAGCGACGAGACGGGCGUGCAUUCGCAUCAGGACACCACGGAGGCCAUCUUUCUCGAUCAGUACAUCAAGAACUACAGCAAGCAGAGGCAUCAUCGAAAACUGGAGCAGCAGGCCGACCAAAUCGAUGAUAGGCCCGAUGAGUUGGAUGUGAGGCAUCGUGGCAAUAAUUAUGGUAAUCAGGAUGAUGAUGAAACUGACGAGGACGACAGUCAACAGGAACGCCCACACUAUAACAGACCCAAGUCGGAGUAUGAAUUUUAUUUUUUGUAGUUAUAUUGCCGUGUAUAAAAUAUACAGAAAACAACUAUUUUAUAAGCA